UUUGUUUGUUUUUUUCUUUCAGUUCGCUAUAUAUCCAUGUAAAUGGUUAGGCGGUUCAGGGCAAGACUAAGAUCUGCACUCUGACGUAGUAUUUGGAUCUCCGAGAUGUACCUUGGCAAGAUUCCGACCCCCCCUUUCAUCCCUGUAAUAGGGGAUCGCCUUCCACUUUAAUCAAUUUAUUAUCAAGGUCCUUUGAUCCUCAAGUCUUUCGCCGAUUUACACUAGUCACACACCAACUCUCUACCUUGAUACAUCCUCAUUUCGUCGGCGGCUGAACUGCAUUGGAAUCCAAACCGGUUCCGGCGCUUGAUCUUCCCGUACGGAGGCCAUGACGCGGCUUUGCCUUGCUGACAUACAGGAUUACCAGAUUACUAGAUGACUAAAUCGCUAGAGUCGUUCUGCAUCUAGCGGCGUACUUUUCGCCUAACACAAUAUUAUAAUAUUGUCUUUCUUUUAACUCUCAUUAUACAAGCCACUAUUUUUCCGAGUUGUCUCUUUGUCUAAAGCCAAGAAAAAGACUUCGUACAACUCUUCGAACCCAGAUGAACACUGGAUUGCAACCAUCCAGCGCCGCUACUGUUCAUACUGCUGUUGAAUUCGCUCAACAGGCGGAGAAACUAUCACUCCAGACAACUGAGAAUAAUGAACACCCGGAGUCCGUUGCCGUCGAAGCUCAAUUCGUAACGCCACAAGAUCCUGUCAUCGUUACUGCCGACGGAAACCGGUUGCCUACUGUACCACUCGAACAAGCAUACAGAUUAAACAUACUAAAAGAGGAAUUGAGUGGGGGUCUGUCUAAAGAGGGCCAAGGUCGAGUCGAGGACAAUUUCAUUGCAUCGCCAAGUGCCAUCGCUAGCAAUGUCUCAGCUUUUCGUGCUCACGACAAUGCGACAACAAAAUCUUCCGAGGGGUCGCUGAGGCGGUCGAUGCCUCCCACCAAUACACAUCCACUUUUCCCUCCUCUCCCACUAUACGGCCCGCCGUCUAUAUUUCGAGACAUACAAUGCUGGACUUUUCGUGUCACUUCGUUUUUUCUGAGCGCCGCCUUUUUGGGCGUAAUUGUCCUCGGCGCCUUAUUUACAAACAUACCUAAGGUGUGUAACAAAGCGUGGCAACUUAUUAGACUCCAAAACCCCGACGUUCGAAGACCUUUCUACGAAGAAGAAAUCCGAAGGCGAAAUAUGCGAAAAGAACAAGACAAAUCUUGGAAGAGAGAAAAGUCUCAGGGGCGAAGUACUCCAGAUCAGGAGAACGCUCAAGGAGAUGAAGGCUAUAUCCCGACCGAGGGUGGACCGGAUCCCGUCAUUUGCGAUGUCGGGUAUUAUGCGCGGAGGGUUGGCCUAGAUAUUGAAGAAUUUCAUGUGCAGACCGAAGACGGAUUUAUCAUUGACCUAUGGCAUGUUUACGACCCCCGAGAUUACACCAGGUUGAAUGACGAGGAACGCACCUAUCGGGGACCGGAGUUAUUCACGGGAGAUAAUAGGAAAAGGUUAAGAGACUCGAGCCAGAAGCGCAAAUUCCCAGUGCUCUUAAUGCAUGGUUUACUUCAAAGUUCAGGGGCUUAUUGUGUCAACGAUGACGACUCAUUGGCCUUCUACCUGUGUAAAUCGGGUUAUGAUGUAUGGCUAGGAAAUAAUCGGUGUGGUUUCCAUCCGAAACACGCCUUGUUAGAUUAUUCGGAUCCUCGCAUGUGGUGUUGGAAUAUCCGGCAAAUGGGCGUAUUCGAUUUAUCGGCAUUAGUCUCACGAGUUUUAUUCGAGACUGGAUUCGAGAAAAUUGGCUUGAUAUGCCAUUCCCAGGGCACGACACAAACAUUUGUGGCUCUCGCCAAGGAGCAACGCCCCGAGUUAGGGGAGAAAAUAACCGUGUUCUGCGCACUUGCGCCAGCGGCUUAUGCGGGUCCAUUGAUCGGCAAGAUGUAUUUCAAAUUCAUGCGCGUAAUAUCACCCGGUCUCUUCCGAAUCAUGUUCGGUAUACAUGCGUUCAUACCCCUAAUGAUGACCAUGCAUUCGAUAUUGCCACCCGGUAUCUAUGGGUGGCUUGGUUAUACUGUGUUUUCAUUUCUAUUCGACUGGACGGACACUCGUUGGGAUCGCGGGCUGAGAGACCGUAUGUUCCAAUUUGCACCGGUGUAUGUGAGUGCCGAGUCAAUGCGUUGGUGGCUGGGUCGCGAAUGUUUUGCGAAACACAAAUGCAUUCUCUCGACGAAAGAGGAGUGGCGUAGCGAAGAACAGGAGGAUGGAACCGAUGGCCCUCUGGCAGAAACAGCUAGCCAGCGCAGAAGUGUUGCUUUGGCAAACCAAAACAGAGACCACCACAAGACACCGAAGGGCGCGACAGCCUGGUAUAAUGAGCAGGUCUGUCCAUUCGCAUUGUGGAUAGCCGGAAAUGAUGACCUUGUAGAUGGAAGGAAAUUGCUGCACCGAUUCGAAAGAGGAAGAGAACCGCACGUCAAGGUCGUCCACAGCAAGGUUUUGCCUGAUUACGAACACUUAGACGUUAUUUGGGCUAUGGAUGCUGUAGACGAAAUAUUUCAGGAAGUUCGAGAGGUUCUGUGGAAGACGUGUAACGUCCGAGAGAAGUGCAGAAUACCGAAAGGGUGCGAGAACGUUGCACCAUGGAUACCGGAAGAAAUCGGCGCGAACAAGGAGGAUGCUGAACAAUCGAGCAGCGAUUCAGCAUAAUCCUUCUUAGAACAUGAUACCCCUUUUUGGUUUUCUACGUUUGCUACGUUUGCUGUAUAUGAAUAAACGACGGGAUGAGACUAUUCGAAGACAUCAUAGCCAACGGAAUAUAAUACGCCGUAUAUACAUAAAGCAUGAUAAAUAUCUAGUCUAUAGUACAUAAUCUGACAGAACAUUUUAGACGAAUCCCCCGUGGAAUCUUAUAGCCCACAUACGCCCACAAUAUAGCAUGAUCAUAUUCGUUGUACAACCAGAAGAGCUGAAUCUCGGAUGUUAUCCUACCCGAUCGGAUCUAGAUGAUACAAGCUUUGGUGCUUAUUUUUGGUCAGAUCUACCUAAGCGAUAGGUCAUACUCAUAUGAUCACAGUAAGAACUAAAUCUCAAUUGAAGCACACACGUGUCUAGAUAGAUCUCGACAUUUGACAUCAAGAUCGAGGCUGUAUUAACAUUAAAUUCAGGGUACUUGCCCAAGUAAUAUAAAUUGAGUCGACUUCUCGGGUACCUCCAAUUCUCUCCAAGAUUUCCCCGCAGUGAGCAUAUGCGAGGCUUAUAUUCUCCGGGUUAGGGUUAGUUUCUUAACAUCAUUCCUCAUGUGGGAAUAUGUUUAGACGCCCGGAGAUCCCGU